AGCAGUAUCGGCUCACAUAUAGCACACACAUCUCAUUAUUUUCGCUAAAAUGGAGUGCGGAUGUGUAGCACCCUAUCUCAUCGGACCAUCCCUGGACCAAACUUGUGGGGGUGGAGCGUUCUUUUUGUUCAUGAGCUUACUGGAUACUUUCAUAAGGAAUAAGUGUGAUAUCUCUGAGAUGUGCCAAAGGAUUCUUCCAAAAUUCAGGCCGGAUGCAGAGUACGAUUUUGUGGUAAUAGGCGGAGGCAGUGGGGGCGCCACUGCAGCAGGAAAGUUGUCAGAGAUUCCAGGGUGGAAGGUGUUGCUGAUAGAGGCAGGGAAUGACGAACCUCCAGGAUCACAGAUUCCCUCGAUGGUAGUGAGCUACCAUGGUAAUCCACAUAUGGACUGGAACUACAAAACAGAACCAGAACAGAAGGCUUGUCAAGGCUUUCCAGAAAAGCGAUGCGAUUGGCCUAGGGGAAAAGUUUUGGGAGGAAGCAGCGUUAUCAAUGGAAUGAUGUACAUGCGGGGAACAAAAAGAGACUAUGACAACUGGGUGAAAGCAGGCAAUGAGGGUUGGGGUUACGACGAACUCCUACCCAUAUUCAAGCGAAUAGAGGAUAACAAAGAAAUAGGAACGCUUGUUGACGCCAAAUACCAUGGAAAAGGUGGUCCUUUGACGACGAAAAGGUUCAAUGAUCAACCGGAACUUGCUUACGAUGUGCUCAGAGCUGCCGAACAAAUUGGCUACAAAGUGUCGAAAGAUUUGAAUGGUGAAGUAUCCACUGGAUUUGCCAUUGCUCAAGCUAGUGUCAGAAAUAGCGUUCGCCUCAGUAGUGCAAGAGCUUACCUUAGACCUGCCAGGACUCGACCCAAUCUACACAUUAUGUUAAAUUCUACUGUGACAAAAAUCAUCAUAAAUAAUAAUGGUGGAAAUAAAAAAGCAGAACGUGUAGAGUUCCUUUAUAGAAACAAAUUGUAUUCAGUGAAAGUUAGGAAGGAAAUCAUUCUUGCAGCUGGAGCGAUCAAUAGCCCACAGGUUCUUCUACUAUCUGGAAUCGGUCCAAAAUCAGAACUGGAUAAGGUUGGAAUAAAACAGAUUCAUGAUCUUCCUGGAGUAGGACGGAAUUUGAAGAAUCAUGUUACUUUUUACAUCACAUACCUCCUUAACAAGAAGAAGAACUUCAAUGACAUGGACUGGGCGAAUGCACUCGAUUAUAUCCUCAAUAAGAGAGGUCCACUUUCAUCAACCGGUAUGUCACAAUUGACUGCUCGAAUCAAUUCGAAAUACGCUGAUCCUAAGGGUGAUCAUCCUGACCUCCAAAUUUUCUUUGCUGGGUAUCUUGCCAAAUGCGCCAAAUCAGGAGAGGCACGAUCAUUGGAGGAUCCGGAUCAUCCAGAAGCGAAAAAGACUCUCACUAUUUCUCCAGUAAAUCUCCAUCCACAAAGUCAGGGGUACAUCACUUUGCAGUCAAAGGAUCCGUUGGUUCCUCCUCUGAUGAUUGCAAACUAUUUGACAGAGGAAGAAGAUUCUAAAAUAUUGGUGGACGGAAUACGUAUUAUCCAGAAGCUUUGCAAUUCUUCAAUCCUCAUCGAUAAAUAUGGAAUAGAAUUGGAAAAAGAAGAAUAUGGAAAUUGUGCCAAGAAACAUGGCUAUGAUACUGAUGACUUUUGGGAAUGCGCAGUUCGAUUUUAUACUGGACCUGAGAACCAUCAAGCUUGUUCUUGUAAAAUGGGUCCAGCCUCUGAUCCUCUAGCUGUAGUCGAUAAUAAGCUGCGAGUUCAUGGCAUCGAUGGUUUGAGAAUCAUGGAUGCCUCAGCUAUGCCUCGACUGGUAUCAGGAAAUACCCAUGCGACCAUUGUUCUGAUAGCAGAAAGAGGAGUGGAUUUCAUCAAAGAAAGAUGGUUGAAAUCAAGUAAUGUUCCUAACAGAUUUGGGGGGACCCUGAAUAUUAACGUGAAGCAAAAUGAGACGACUUGGAAUACAGUUCCAUCAAAUACCCUCUCGAGCAAUCGUCCGAAACCACCUGGAUACGAACAAAACGGACAAUAUCUUCCAGGAAAUAACAAAAAUCAUAGUCCUCGUCCAGAAUUCAAUGCUCAAGGUCUUCCAGGUCAUUUCCAUGGACAUGGUCCAGAAUUUCCUCAUAAUCAUGGUCCUUAUCCAGAUUCAAGUCAAAGUCAAGACCAAUCUGGGUACUUUCGAAGAAAAUAUCAUCAUCAUCAUCAUGAUCAUGAUCCUCAAUUCCAUGGAAUUCGCCCGGAAAUUGUGAGCAGUAACAAACACUUCACGGAGAAUACGAGUUCAGCAACUCAACCAAAGUCUGAAACAUCCUACGCAGAAGAGCCUUGAUAAUAGAGUUGCGUAAUGAUCAGAUGUUACUAUAAUGAUUCGAAUGAUAAAAUCAUGAAAUUCGAAUUAUGGAUAAUCUGAACGGAAAUAGAAUAAAAUAAUUAUUAUAGUU